UUUUUCAAAACUCACAGAACGAGAAUUGCCACCAUAAUUACCUCAUUUAAUAAGGCCAUCUCAAUCUCUCCCAAUCCAUCCCUUUUCCCUCGUAAACCUCCUCUAAAAGCAAAAUAAACCAACCCCUCAACUACCUUAACCACCACCACCACAAUCUCCCUCUCCACUCUUCCCCCCUUUGCACACUAUUUCCUCUUUCACUCACUCCUUACCCCCUUCACUUCUCUCAAAAUGCAACAUCCCCCACUUCUCCAUCUCCUUCGUCAAUCACCAAAAUCCAAACUUUGAACAACUAAAUCUUACCCUUUAUCCCAAACUAACUAACAAAACAAAAUCCAACACCCCCCACUUCUAGUUCUUUCUUCCUCCAAAAACCCCACCUUUCCCCUUCAAACUUUUUUUAAAGAAAAAACCCAAAAAUAAAAAGAAACAACCUUUUGUUCUAUUUUAGUUCCCAUUUUCAAUGUUGCAACCUUGGAACAAACCUCGUUCUUCCCCAUUCUCAUGUUCUUCUUUCAAAGACAUUCAAACCCUCUUCUUAGAUGAACCCUCCACCACCACCACCAAACCCAAACCCUCCAUCUUCCACCGAGUCACACUCGCCAACUCGCUCCUCCGCGCCCGGUCAACUCACCCCAAACUUGCCUCACGCGCCCAUGAGGACCCCCCACGCGCCUCCCAACCGCACCCUCCGCCGUCCAUUCCCCGCUCGGAGCAACGCGUGGUGCUCUACUUCACGAGCCUGCGCGUGGUCCGCGCCACGUUCGAGGACUGCAAAAAGGUGCGUUCCAUCCUGCGCGGGUUCCGCGUCGCGCUGGACGAGCGCGACCUGUCCAUGGACUCGGGUUUUCUCUCGGAGCUCCGUCGGGUCACGGGUCGCAAAUCCGGGUUGACCCUGCCACGUGUCUUCAUUGACGGAAGGUACAUUGGUGGGGCCGAGGAGUUGAGGUGGCUGCACGAGAGUGGCGAGCUCAAGAAGCUUCUCGAGGGCUUGCCCGCAGUGGAUUCCCACCUCCGCGUGUGCCACGUGUGCGACGAUCAUAGGUUCGUGCUAUGCGGGGAGUGUUCCGGUGCUCGCAAGGUGUACGCGGAGAAAGGUGGGUUCAAGACGUGUGCGGCUUGCAACGAGAGUGGCCUGAUCAGAUUUGAAUGGAGAAAAGAAAAUGACUUGUGAAAAAGGAUCAUCAAGACGACGUUUUUUGUUUAGGAAGAUCUUGAUAUUGGGUGCAUAAGAAGGGUGGAAAACAUAGUGAAGAAAGUUUAUGAAAGCACAACGAACUGACAUAUAUAUAAUACCUUUUGUACACUUAUUAUAACAACAAAUGACAUACAUGGGUGAAAUGUGUCGUGAGUGAAUUUUUUUUUAUUCGUAGAAAUUGAAAAUAGGUACUAAAAAAUUUAUAAUAACUCAUUGCAUCAGACUUAAUCAAUUCAGCUGCACUCCUUCCUUCUUGUCAA